AACCUGUGCAAGACCCCGAGGAGCCAAUCAUCAUGCCUGUUACGCGAGGCAGAGAUCGUAAAGGUCGAACGGCAUCGCCAUGCUUGAGCUUCAGCUCGCAUGGUCCAGCGUCCAACUCGCGUCGCCGUUACGUUUAACAGGUUCACGCCUGAACUGCCCCAUUAUGGAUAGAUUGAUAGAAUACACCCAUCAAAAGAGAGAAGAAUAUUAACGAUCAGACGAUAUGCCCUCGACUUCAUGAUGAUCCUCUUACUUUGCGCUAUCCUCUUCGGCGUUCCGUUUGUUCGCGCUUCACCGGUUUCACUCUCGGGUCUCAACGAUACCUGUAUCCUUCCACUCUUUUCCAAUAACUGGCAAUCCUCCCCUGAUGCUAGAACCUUGUGGGUCAUCAUAUCGAGCUGUGGCUUAACCUUGUUUGCGUGCACAUGGACUGCCGUCCCUCCGGACAUUCCGCGUCUGGGUGAGGGGAUAGUUGUUGUCACUGUCCGCCGUCUACUCCUCAUGUUUGUUGCGUAUUUCGCCCCCGAACUCAUGGCCGCCUGGGCCGCAUGGCAACUUAUAUGUGCUCGUCAAGUUGCCAAGGACUUCAAUGAUGUUCUUGGUGCGCAACGCGCGGCCGCCCAGCCCAACGGCGACCGUGAAGCCGCACCGCAGAACGGCCCGGCAGUCGUGUUACCUAAUGCCAUCUCAAAUUCAAACGGAAGUUCAAGCGCAGGGUGGACAGAGACACAUGGGUUCUUCGCCGGGAUGGGUGGAUUCCUGCUCUACGUCGAUGGUAAACCGUGGGCCACUCUCACACCCGAUGAACUCCUCCGGUUUGUUUGCGAGGGAUCUGUGGAGAUGCCCGUCAUCACGAAGGCAGACAUAGAAGACCGAAGUAAGGGUGAUGUGCUAUCCAGAUGUAUCACCAUUUUUCAGCUGGGAUGGUUCUUCAUCCAGAUCAUCGCCCGUUACGGCCAGCACCUCCCCACCACAUUGCUUGAACUCGACACUCUGGCUGUAGUUCUUCUGACCAUCGAUACAUAUGGCUUACUAUGGUGGCGGAAGCCUAAGGACGUACAGCGUCCUCAUAUUGUUCAUUGGAACUCGAAUUUUCCCCCACCACGCGAGUGCUUAGCCAACGACAAACGACGUACCCCAAUGCUUCUGUCUGUACUAUUUAAUCGCAAGGUUCGACGGUCUCAUACCUCGGCUCGGAAUAUGACCACAUUCCUCGCUGGAGGUGGAAGUGGGGUGCUGUUUGCAGUGAUGCAUACCCUGGGCUGGAAUUUUGUGUUUCCGAGCCACGCGGAGCGGGUAUUGUGGCGUAUGUCUUUCGUUGGGAAAGCAGGUUUAUCGUUAACGAUGUGGUCCCUCUGGUAUCUGGACACGCGGCCAUCGGAGUACAAGGGAUUAUCGGGUAAAGCCCUAUAUUUCCUUUCCGUUAAUCUCAUGAAGAUUAUUGGAGUUCUUGGUGUGAUAUACAUUCUUGCACGUCUUGCAAUAAUCACACUUAUCAUGCUGAGCUUACGAUCGCUACCUCAGGGUGUAUAUGAUACAAUAGCUUGGACCAAAUUUAUUCCACAUGUAGGUACGUAGUUUCAUUACAUCGCUGUAGCAGGGUACGAAGAUUGAGCCGGCAGCCCGAGCGGCAUAUCGCGACA